AAAAAUUCAACUUGAGUUUCUUCAAAUAUUAAUUCUUAAACAUUACUACCUAGUAUGAUAAUACUUCCUGGAAAACAAAAAUAAAGAUGGGAAAAUCUUCCAAAGAUAAACGUGAUGCCUACUACCGGCUAGCAAAGGAACAAGGAUGGAGAGCAAGAAGUGCUUUCAAACUCCUCCAGCUCGACGAAGAAUUCGACUUAUUUACCAAUGUGACUCGAGUAGUUGACCUCUGUGCAGCACCCGGAAGUUGGUCACAAGUUCUUUCUAGGGUCCUGAUCAAAGGCGAGAAAUUUGGUAGGGCGGCAUGGCAAGAUCGUGACGCCAAAUUUCGUCAACAGAUGCUGGGCCUCUUUGGGCCUCAAACCAAUGUUGAGAAGCCGGAACUCUUGGAGGCGACAGAGCCACUGAUAGAGCUGAAACCCCGCCAGGAUGUCAAAAUUGUGGCGAUCGACUUACAACCCAUUAGUCCACUACCAGGGAUUGUCACCUUACGAGCUGAUAUUACUCACCCAGCUACCAUACCACUCCUUUUAAGAGCCUUGGAUCCGGAAUACGACUCAAAGACCAGGAGCCAACAGACUGCGCAACCGGUGGAUCUAGUACUCAGUGACGGCGCGCCUGACGUAACUGGCUUACACGAUCUAGACAUCUACGUUCAAUCACAACUACUAUUCGCUGCGCUCAACCUGGCAUUAUGUGUCUUGAAACCAGGUGGUAAAUUCGUGGCUAAGAUAUUCAGGGGCAAGAAUGUCGAUGUGCUCUACGCGCAACUUAAAAUAUUCUUUGAAAAAGUACAUGUCGCGAAGCCGAGGUCUUCGCGCGCCAGCAGCGUGGAAGCUUUUAUCGUAUGCUUAAAUUUCCAACCUCCGAAAGGGUUCACGGCGAGCCUUGAGGAGCCAUUAGGAGUUGGCUCUAGAUUGUCCGACAUGACGGAGCAUAACAAUAGGAAUCUGCCUGUCACUGCACCUACAGUCCUACAAAACCCAAAGACUGGGGCUUGGGACGAUACCCCUGCUCUUCCUAAGAAGACGGAUGGCGAUGGUAUCACGGAAGUACAAAUUGAAGAUCUCCGCCCAAGACGACAAGAUGAUAUUAGAUGGAUUGCACCCUUUAUCGCUUGCGGUGACCUAUCUGCUUUCGACUCAGACGCCUCCUACCGCCUACCACCAGAUCACGUGUCUCUAGAUCCAAUACAACCACCCACAGCACCCCCUUAUAAACGUGCCUUGGAGAUGAGAAAGGCAUUUGGUGGCGCUUAUGGAAAGACUGGUAAAGCUUGAAUAGGGCUCGUUGAUGUCCUUUACGUGUGCUUGGGACGUUGAGCUGCAGGUCCUUCAAUCAGACCGAUGGAAAUACCCUUCGUAUUGCAUUCGUACCAGUCCUUCGCGCCGAGGUAUUUACGAUACAGGUCCAUCCUAUCGCUCGUCAAGAACAUGAAGCGUCGCAGAUGGGGCCAACCUUUGAUGAUAUCGUUCAGACAUUCCAUCAUCCAACUGCCUAGUCCCUUUCCCUGGUAUUCAGGGAUAA